UUUGAUUGUAAAUGCUUUGAUAGUAACUUCAAAGUUAAAUUUUUUUUUUACAAGUUGUUAAUUUUUUUAUACUUAAACAUUCACACCGUAUUUCAACACUAAGCGAAACUGAUUUAUCUUAUUAAUAAUUAUAAUUUAUAAAAUAGAUAAUGGAAAGUAUGAUGUUUAAUAAAGAUCAAGAAAUGGAGUCUUCUAGUUAUAAGGACUUCUCACAAGAAGAUUUGUUUUUAGCUCCAGAACCAAAAAGAUCAAAUGACCAACAUAAUUCUUCUGAUCUAUUUGGAAAAAAAAAGAAGGAUAAAAGUAAAAAACAAAUUGAAGCAGAAGAAAGAGAAAAAAUGAGAGUUCUUGUAUCCAAUUUCACCGAAGAACAAUUGGAUAGAUAUGAAAUGUUCAGAAGAUCAGUAUUUCCUAAAGCAGCAAUUAAACGGAUCGUUCAAACCAUUACUGGAAAUUCUGUUUCUCAAAAUGUUGUAAUUGCCAUGUCAGGUAUUGCAAAAGUUUUUAUUGGUGAAAUAGUUGAAGAAGCUCUUGACAUAAUGGAAGCUCAAGAAGAUUCAGGACCAUUGCAUCCCAAACACUUGAGAGAAGCUGUACGGCGGCUUAGAAAAACUGGAGCUAUUCCAUCUUCCAAAGGUAGAAAACUGCCUUUUUAUAUUUAAAUACCUAAUAUAAAUUUAAACUUCAUGUAAAACAAUUUAUGAUAUUUUUUUUAAUUUAGCAACUAAAUUAAUAAUUGUAUAUAUUUGACCAAAUUUAUAGUAAUUAUUUGUGAAGCAUAUAAUUGUAUUAAUAGAUAAAAUAAAUUUAUCAAUUUGUUUAUGACAUUUACAAAAAAUGUAAUUUUUUAUAAAAAUCUCAAACAUUAAAAUAUUAUGUUUAAAUAUAAAUGUGCUUAAUUAAUAAACAUGUAUUUAUAAGAAUUGUAGUUUUUUCAAAAAGAGUAUAUGACCGUGAAAAUAAUAUUAUCAUUUCACUUAUACUUGGUUAAAAUUAAAAUGUGACUGGUUUUGGGUAAGGAACUACCACUUAUGGUAUGUGCUAUACCAUUUCUCCUUUAAUACUAAACCAUCAGUUGCUGCUAUUAAUUGCAUAGAACCCGGCCACUGGGUUCGUUUAUUUUGAACUGAGAACAGUAAUCAUUAUGAAACUUAUAAUUAAAUACAUUUGGAAUAUAUUUUUAUUUGUAAAACUGGUCUUUAAUGUUUAAGUAUAAUAUUUUGUUUCCUUGUUUUCCUAGCCACUGUCUGCUGCCAUAGUAUCAUUAUUCAUUUGUUUACAAUAGUAUUCUAUUGUAACUUCUCGUAGACACAGACAGCAAGGAUGAGUUAUUUACAAUAACCCAAAAUUCAUUGUUGAAAUUAUUCAGUAUAAUAUCAAAUUAUCGAAUAAGUGCCAAUCAUACAUUAGUAGUGUUGCUUUACAGACUUACAGUGCCAUUUGACAAAACCUUAAAUUUCCAAAGGUAUCCAAGAGACAAUCCAUUAAUUAAUCUUGUUUUCAAAAAUAAUCUUCACUGUCCAUUCUCUUCAAUAGCUUUAUAAUUUAUUAUGUUAAUUUAAAAAAAAAAAAAUGUUAAUUAUUAUAGAUUUUUAAUUUAUAUUAUCUACUAGAAAAUGUUGAUACAUUGAUAGAGAUGAUAAAAUGCUUAAUAAGUUAUAAUUAUUUACCUAUGCGUAGGCAUUAGGCUAUAAUAAUUAAUAACUGUUAAUGAAAUAUUUUUGUCAUUAUUAAUUUUAAAAUUAGAAAAUAAUAAUAAUAGUUUGGUACAUUUUUUUUUAUAAAUUAGUGGGAGGGAAGGAACUUCUUAUAACAUCAUGUAACAGUAUAGAUAUUAUGAUUUAUAAUGAAUGAAUGAUAAUUGAUGACCGUUAUUUAACCCUUUUUUUGUAACAUUUUUUUAAAGGUGUAUGUUAUUAUGGCCAAAUGGCCGUAUAAAUAAUAAUAUAUAAUCAUUAUUCAGUG